AUGCCCCAGACAUCAAACUCUCCUCCCUUUUGGAGAGUGUUAGAGAGGACGCAAAUAAAGGUGUGGCAGUUGCGCUUAUCACGGUUAUUUCUUAAAAUUCUAAGCUGUUUGGGGGGGUUCUAAGCUGACAUAUGGAAUUGUCUUAAGAUGGUUAUACUAUGGAUAAUUUAGCUAUUUGAUUUGGAACUUUAGGACCCCUUUAGGUAUAAUUUUUUGGGGGAUAAAAUAUUGAAUUUGGACUUUACUACUAUAGCCCAGAGAAACGCAUUGAAUAAGGUAGCUCUGGCACAUUUCACGCAGAUGCGGAAGUGCGACAUCGGCGGAUGCGGUGGAUUGAGAUCACAGGUGGUUGGUGGCACUUUAAUUGGGGAGGACAGUCUCGUGAUAAUGGCUGUAGCGGAAUAGGUGGAAUGGUAUCAAAUACAUCAAACACAUGGUUUUCAUGUGUUUGAUGCCAUUCCAUUUGCUCCAUUAGGCCAAUAGUAUGAGCCGUUCUCCCCUCAGCAGCCUCCUGUGAUUGAGAUGCAUCCAAUGCAAAAAAAAACAUAUCUUGAGCUUAAACUGACGGAUUUUGAUGGGGAUUUUUCAAAAAUGUUACUUAGAUUGAGGUACCAGUGCGUCAAUCACUCUAGGGGGAUUUAUUGAUAAGGAUGGCGGUAAAACCGGGAAUGUGCAUUGUGCCAUAUCUGGUGGCUCACCAUUUCUAUUGGAGUCAUCUCAGGGUAAAUACUACUGCCUCGUCCUUGGAGAAACGCUGGACAGGGAAAUCAACUCUCAGUAUAAUGUCACCAUCAUAGCCACAGAUGAAGGGACCCCGUCUUUGUCCAGUACUAGUAUUAUUACUCUGAUGUUAAUGACAAUGCGCCACGCUUUCCAGAACCCAUUGUUAAUGUGUUCUUAA